AUGGCUCCGUCUAGGAAGGGCAGCAGUCGGGCGACUAAGACCAAUUCGUUGAGGAGCCGGAAGCUCUCCUCCUUUCUCAAAGACUUCGACCGGGAAGUGCAAAUCCGAUCCAAGCAAAUCCAAUCCGACAGGCAGAACCUCCUCAAGGAGAUGGACAACCUUUACAACAUCGAGAUCCUGCGGCUCCCCAUGGCGCUGCGGGAGAUGAACUGGCUCGAGUACUUCGCCCUGGGAGGAAACAAGCAGGCCCUGGAAGAAGCAGCAACAGCUGACCUUGAUAUCACAGAAAUUAACAAGCUAACAGCAGAAGCUAUUCAGACACCCUUAAAAUCUGCCAAAACCAGAAAAGCCCUACAAGUGGAUGAAAUGAUAGCGGAAGAAGAAGAAAAUACAACAAGGAAUUCUCAGGCUACAAGAGUUAAAAGGUGUCCUCCAUCCAGGAAGAGAGUCCAGUCCAUACAAGGAAAAGGCAAAAGCAAAAGGUCAAGCCGUUGUAACACUGUUACCCCAGCUAUGAGCCGGCUGGAGUUGUCAAUGAUAAAACCAACACCAGGCAUGACCCCCAGGUUUGAUUCAAGGGUCUUCAAGACCCCAGGUCUACGCAUCCCAGCAGCCAGAGAGCGGAUUUACAACAUUUCCAAGAACGGCAGCCCUCUCGCUGACAGCAAAGAGAUUUUCCUCACUGUGCCAGUGGGCGGUGGAGAGAGCAUGCGAUUGCUGGCCAGUGAUUUACGGAGGAUCGAUAUCACACAACUGGAUCCCGAAGCCCUGGGAAACAUUAAGAAGCUCUCUAGCCGCCUUGCCCAGAUCUGCAGUACCAUACAGUCCCGCAAGUGA